GUUUUUCUGAUGGUAUCAACGGCUGGUAUCUGAUGGUUCCUGAAAAGUUCUCUAGAUGCGAUUCCUUGUUUGGAUUCUUCUGCAUGCUGCAGCGGAGCUGCCUUCCAACUGCGAUGCGCCGGACUUCACUGUGAUGCUGGUGAGAUCCCGCGCCUACUAUCGGAGUGGCUUCUUUGAACUUUCAGACUCGGAGAGAGUGGCACGAAUUUUGGAAAGCCGAGAGCUCAUCAAAGAGAUUUGCCCAGCGGCACUGCUGCAAGCUAUUUUGUUGAAACUUGAAGAGAACUUGGUGUAUCAAACAGAUGCUUUCCAGAGCCUGAUGGCGCAAUACACCUUGUACUUACAUGAAGCCAUUCGAAAUGAGAAGAUCACACCGGACGAGAUGAAGACAUGGCCAUUAGAUGAAGGCGUCCAACGGGUCAUGAACAUCAGUGAAGCACUGGCGCAAAAGAGGUCUUUGUCCAGUGCCAUGGUGAUGAAUUACUGCCAAAUGAUUGAUCGAUUUGGAACGAGCCAUGAGUUGGAUUGGAUUUUGGAGCCGCCCUUUGGUGAGAGCCGUGGCGAUGGUGGCGAUGGUGGCGAUGACACUGGUGACACUGGACUUCUGACUGACACGGAUUUCUACAUCUAUCAAGUUGACUGGCCAUGGUGUGCGCCCCUCAAGGAUGAAGUCCUUGCCAAAGUUCGCAGGGCAGUGCGCAAGUUGCAUGUGAUUAGUUAUUCCGCUGGGCCACGCAGGGAAGAACAAACGGCAUAUUUCAAAUAUAUCGCGGAUCACUGGGAGAACUUACCCGAUUUUACGAUUUUUGUGCACCCAGACGCUGAUGAGCAUCAAGGCUCCCAGUUUCUGGCGCUCCGGCGGGCCUUGAAACUGAUUAAGACGCAGUCGAAAUUUGCGCAGGAGGCUUUGGGAUACUAUCCUUUGGCGCAGCAAAUGGUGAUCGAACCGAUGCGUGUUUGGGGAAAGGAUUUUGCCCCAAUCUGGCAACGCUUUUGGCAUCGGGUUUUCGGACAUCCUUGGACAGACAUGGGCCUUGGCCCACCUCGUUGCAAGUGGCAGAAACAUGUUGGUUACUACUUGCUUGGCCAUGCCGGACACACAGGACGCACACGGACAAGUCUGCCGGCCGCCAAGGCCACCUGCGCCCAACUGGACGAGGAAUGCCUUGGUGUCACCUGCCUUUCGCCUUUGGAACCGGCGGAGUUGGAUGAACUCGGGGAGGUGCCACUGUUUCGGGACCGAUGGGGGCGCCACUCCUGCACGGCGCGGAGGGGGGCUGAGGGAUUGCAAGAGUCGCCAGAAAGGGAAGUCGCUGAAGUGAGUUACAUCAAGAGCUGCAGAUCUGCACACAAUGCAGAUGCGAGUGUUGCUGCGAGUGCCACAGCAGGAUCAACGUAUCGAGCCGUGAACAAUUCCUUUCUCUUUGGCUAUGCAGCUGGAGACGAAGUGGUUCGUGGGGAACUGGAGGCCCGUAGAAGAUGCGAUGAACUUGGUGAGGAUUGUGCUGGUUUCACCUGUGAAAGCUUCAUUCCAUUGACCAAGUCCACCACAAAGCAGGGCUAUGCAGACGCUCAGAAAGCUCAAAGCUGCACAGUUCGUGCUGGAUCUGAGCUGAUUCAGAGCCCCAGCAGUGAGUUCACAUUCGUCAAAAUUCCUCCCAGUGCAGAUCUGCAAAAAUCAGUGUCCCGGGUCACUUCCAAAACCAACGCCAGCCGCGUUUUUCAAUUCUACACUGGCUCCCAGUCCAUUGUGCGGAAGGAUCGUUUGCAAUGGUGGCCCCUAGAAGAAAUCGAGAACUUCGCAGCUGAUGGAGUGUGGUGCUCUAGUACUACGGGCCUUUUUGAGGCUGUGUGGCACCGGAUGUUUGGCGAGCCUCUGUCGCAGCACGCCAGAGAAUCUGAUCCGGCAUUGCCGCUGUAUCUCAAGUGGGAGAUUCCCACCUUCUUCUCUUAUGGUGACGAGGAAGUUAUUUGAAUGCCCCUAUCUUCACAGAUCUCCAGCAGACGCCAGGUGCCAUUCUGUGCCAUUCUGGUGAGAGAUUUUCUCGGACAAGAAAACAAGGAGGGCGGUCCCUGACAGCCACGACCUGACACGACCUGAUACGACCUGACACGAGCUGACAGAUGCGCAACACAUAGUGCAACAUCCUGGGGGAAAGGCGGAGAUGAUGCGAAGAGCCGUUGGUGGAGCACCGGAACCAUGCGGAGCAGAGUGGCUUCCAAAGACAACCGUGGACCAUCGCGGAUCCGCGCACCGCAGCGGCCAAGAGGAGGAUAAAUUCGUGAAGCCUUGAG